AAUUUUGUAAGGUUAAUGACGUUGUCUUAUGGUAAAAUCUUCGCAGGCAGUACAAAUGUACCUGCUCAACAAGGAGACCAAAGGGUCACUAUAGUAUGGCUGCAUGAUAAGGAUGGUCAUUUUUUUUUUUUUUUUUUAGGAUGUUCAGUUAACUUUGUGAAAAGUUUAAAACUUAAAAAUGUAAGGUGGAUAUGUCCACCAGUCGUUUACAGAAAUACAUCAUACGACUUCGGAUCUAAUAUCAAACAAGAUGAUCGAGAGGCAAUAGAUUCCGCAGCUAAACUUGUUGCUGGCUUUUUGUUGGCUGAACCACUAAAUGUCGUAAAAGGAGUAGGAGGUUUUGGCAUGGGUGCAGUAGUUGCUCUCCAGUUUGCAACAAAUUGUGCUCUUGGACAUUAUCCUUUAAGUCCCCGAGUUGUUGUUGGAAUUAAUGGAUGGCUGUCUAUUGCCGGAUAUAUACAAAGCAGUAUAGAAUCUACAGUUGGGGCUGUAGCUCGUGCUGCGCAACAGAAAAUCUUAUUUUCACGUCCAACAGACGAUCGUAUACUUCCUUACACCAGUGAAAAAGAGGUUGUUGACUCCCUUAACGAGGCUGGCUUCGGAGAAGUCUACUUCUUACCACUCUCAAGGCUUGAACCGAUUGUUCCUGACACUCCUAGCGUAACGAGUCUCGUCAAGCUCUGGUUGACUCUGAAUCUCCCAAUCAGCGAAUAUUCUGCACAAUAAAGACCGCGCGUUAUCUAGUGAUUUAUUAUCGUCGUUUGUGUUUUUCUUUGUUAUGAGUAAUUCAGUGUGACUCAUGAAUAAGUUAAUUAUCUGAUAUUUAGACUUUAUGGCAAUUUGUUUUUCCUUCUUGUUUCGUCACCUUUUCAGUUGGUACUAUCAAGUUGUGGUAACUUUUUAUUUAUAAAUAAAUAAAUCUUACUUACUAUAA